AUGGAUAAUAUUCACGGCAUGCUCUUAUUCCAGUUCUUAGUCGCUUUUGCAGACAAGGGAACCGCAACUUUCUACACACCUCCAUAUACCCCGUCUGCAUGCAAUGGAUUCGAAGAGGAAGGAGUUAUGAUAGCAGCAGCAAGCGAAGCCAUAUGGGAUGAUAAGGGCGCAUGUGGAAGAAUGUAUAAGGUGAGAUGCAUCGGCGGCACCAACCAAGGUGUUUCGAACCCAUGCAGGGGUGGAGGCUCUAUCGUCGUCAAAAUCGUCGACCUUUGUCCCUCUCCUGGUUGUCGCGGAACCAUUGAUCUCUCUCAAGAAGCUUUUGCUAUGAUUGCUGAUCCUAAUGAAGGAAAAAUAAACAUCAAGUUCACUCAGUAA